AUGCAAGUCGUGCGACCAAGUAAAUUCCGCAAUGUCUUUUGUAAGCCGUCGAAGCUUGACCUCUGCAUGGACACCGCCAGCAUGCCGUCCGAAAUCACGUACUGCGCGGUUAACCCCAAAUUCAUUGCGUUCAUCUUGGAAAACACCAACGGCUAUUUUAUGGUCGUUCCCCUGAACAAGGUUGGAAAGAUCGACAGCAAAUUUCCGGUCGUUGAGGCGCACUAUAAGCAAUGCCUGAAGGUAGCCUGGUACCCGUUCAACGACUGCUUCGUGGCCAGCUGUUCCGACGACGGAACGGCAAAGGUGUGGCGGGUACCUGAAGGAGGAUUGCAACACACACUUACCGAACCGAUUUCAGUGCUGGCAGCACACGCCAAACGGGUGCUGACCAUCGUUUGGCACCCGACAGCACAAAACGUUUUGCUCAGUGCAGGUGAUGACUUGAAAAUCUUCAUUUGGGACGUGCGUACGUCCGAACCGCUGAUUGAGAUCGACGGGCACCCCGAUAUGAUAUGGUCAGUGGCAUUCAACUACAAUGGUAGUCUGAUAAUUACAGCCUGCAGAGAUAGGAUCAUCCGCGUCAUCGAGCCUCGAUCUGGCCUACUUAUGCAAGACGUACCAGCGAAGAACGACGAAAAAAUACAAAAGUCCCUGUUUUUGAGUAACGGAAAAAUUUUGACUGCCGGUCUGACGAGAAACAAUAAACGGCUUUUCUCGGUCAGGGACGAAAGCGCGAUCGACAAUGCGAUCGCCAGCGAAGAACUGGAUAUGAACAGCGGAACAGUGGUACCUUUCUAUGACGCAGAUACGGGCUUGCUCUUUGUUUGUGGAAGGGGCGACAGUUUCGUCCGGUACUACGAAAUCAACGAUGAGCAGCCGUUCAUUCAUUACAUUAAUACCUAUCGCAGCAUAGAUCCGCAAAGAAGUGCGGCGUUCAUGCCGAAACGGGGGCUCAAUGCGGUACGAAACACCGUUUUUUUCAGAAUAUACAAGUGUAUUAGUCGUGGUACGAUCCAGGUGUUGCAUUUCUACGUUCCCAGGUGGACGAAGGGCUUCCAAGAUGACCUUUACCCUGACACGAACGGCACCAUUCCGGCGAUAACCAGUGAAGAAUGGAUAAACGGCAAAGACGCUGAUCCGGUGAAAGUAAGUGCUUGA